CAUAAACUUCAUAAAAAGUUUUCUUCACUUCUUUUUUUCUCUUNAACGAAGAGAUGGCAAAAAGGCAAAAGCUGCAGCACCCACAACCGCACUCCCGUCUCCCUCCCAUCCAACCUGGACAAGCCCAUCCUCCGCAUUGGGCUGGGCCCAAUAAUCCCAUGAACAAUGCGGGCCAACCUGAAAUCUCGGCCGGGCCCAGUAACCAUCAAUAUGGAAAAUCUCGUGGUCCCCCCCGGAGGACAGAACAGGUACCCUCCAAACAACCACAGCAGUGGAUACUAUCAAGACCGUGGUGGAAAUUACAGUGGCGGCCCUUAUCCCCCUCAGGGACGGGCUCCUCCUUACCCCGCUAGCGGUGGUGUGGCCAACAGUGGUGGGCCCCGCGGGGCAAGUGGCAGCAGCGGCGGGUAUGGGGGAGUUCCUCCUAAUUACCCCCAAAGUGGUCAGUUUGGCGGUUCUAAUGCUGGCAGGGGCUCCAAUCAAAUGGGAGGUAACAGGAACCAGCAACAUCAGUAUGGGUGGCACCAGUAAUGGCUAAGGCAGUGUUUGCUUGAUCAGAAACUCAUAAACGGCACAAGAAAUGAUUCAACACUCUUCUCCAAAAUUAACAAAUCAUUAAAGAUACGAGAAUUUUUGGAGACGAGUGAUUCCAUUCUCGUGCGGCGUUCCAAAUUAUAUGCCGGGCAAAGGGCCCCACGUCUUGAUGUUGGGAGCCCUGUUAGGUAAUGAAUUGACUUUCUUUUGGAGAAUAAGUAUGAUGCUGGAAAAAAAAGGUUGGUCUGGAGAUGGGCAUUAUUUUAACUUGUUAUUGAAAGCAGAACAAAGUUUGGACAGGGUUUUGAUCCAGGUUGGUCGGAUGUUUCGGCGAAACAUCCCCGGGAUCAAUACCAUUAUUAUACCCUAAUUAGGGCAUAUAUAGGUGAAGGCAAUAUUGAAAAAAGUAUGAUGCUGGCCAGGGCUGUCAAUGAUACUAAAGCCUACAAUCUUGUCUUGAAAGGAAUUUUUAGUGAGGGGGUGUCCAAAGAGCUGUUUCUUUUUUUUUAAUGAAUUGUUAGACAGGGGGGUGUAUGCAUCAACACUAUAACCACACAGUACGUGCUGUCUAACAAUUCAUUAAAAAAAAGAAACAGCUCUUUGGACACCCCCUCACUAAAAAUCUCUUUCAAGACAAGAUUGUAGGUUUUAGUAUCAUUGACAGCCCUGGCCAGCAUCAUACUUUUUUCAAUAUUGCCUUCUCCUAUAUAUGCCCUAAUCAGGGUAUAAUAAUGGUAUUGAUCCAGA